ACACAGUCCCUAUAUGCGUUAUGGGUCCCUACUCGAAAUCCUACUAAUGUCAGCGGCUUCGUUUUCCAGCCCUAGUACAAGCUGUGACGUCACAUGCACGUUCCAUUGCCGCCUCCGUGAUUCGGUGCACGGUGUUGGUGAGCUGCGCAAUGGAGGUUUACAUUCCUUCCUUUCGUUUCGAGGAGAGCGACAUGGAGAGGGGAUAUACGGUAUUUAGAAUAGAAGUCUUAGUGAAUGGAAGAAGACAUUUUGUUGAAAAGCGGUACAGUGAAUUUCAUGCACUUCAUAAAAAGCUAAAGAAGAGUAUCAAAACACCAGAGAUGCCCUCAAAACAUGUGCGAAAUUGGGUCCCUAAAGUAUUGGAGCAACGGCGACAAGGUCUGGAGUUAUACUUGCAGACCAUCGUUUUUGAAAAUGAAGAUCUCCCGAAAAUAUUUCUUGAUUUUCUCAACGUUCGACAUAUGCCUUCACUACCAAAGGCGGAAAGUUGUGGAUCUAUUGAGGAACUAGAAUCGGAAGAAAAUAGCAAACUGUCCCACCAGCCUGUGCUGCUUUUCCUAAGGGAUCCAUACGUCUUGCCUACAGCUAACGAUAAUUCUGCAAAUGUUGUGAUUGAAGGAGUUCUUAAUGGGAUAUUUUACCCCCAUCUCCAGACCAGUUAGAGUUUGUACAAGCUUCUCCAGUCCUGAGACUUUAAACACUCUGACGUUAAAAUUCACAAGGGAGUAGCCAAGUCUUUGCUGUUUACUUUUAUAAAGACUUCUAACAAUGGAACAAAGGGAGGGAAAACAUACCACUAUAUGGACAAUGUUUUUACUAAAAAGUAUGAAAUCGCACUCGGCCUAUCAUAUUUUGUAACAGAACACAUUUUAACUAAAUCCAAAAGAUCUGUUUUUCAAAGCCGUAGCUCUGGAUGUUCUAUUAAACAAAUGAAUGUCAUUAAAAUCUAUGUCUCUUAGCUAUGUAAACUGCAGAUUGAAGAGGAUCUCUUGUGCAGUGUUUCUGUGAGUGUUGUAUUUUUUAGCGUACUACUUGCUAAUAGUAUUGUGUGCUAUUCUUACCUAUACGCAACUGAAUAACAGAUAGGUAUUUUUUCAUUUGACAUGCAAGUUGCAUGCUGCUACUAACAUUGGGUUUAAAGUGGUGAGGUAUAGGUUCUGGCUAUAUCCACACAAUUGCCAUCUUUAUAGCUUAGCAAUAAAGGGAAAAAUAAUAAAGAAGGACCCAGUCAGGGAAAACAGGGAAGUUAUUGUGGGCAGUGUCAAUAGAUGACCUGCUCAUGUUACAGCUCAAGUUUCUAGAAUAUAUUACGUUUAUCAGAAACAAUAUCUUCUGAAUGCUGCUUUUUUUAGUAUGUGGGUUACAGAAUAUGUUAAUAGUAUUAACACUACUGAUUAUGCAUGACUUUUAUCAUUUAACAUGCUAGUAUCUUGAUGUAUUUAUUAACAUUUGCAGAAUUAUGCAAUGUGUCAGCAUUUAGCAUUACUAGUUUGAUGCAAAAAAGAAUUGACUAUAAUUUAUAUGUAUUAAAAACUGAUGUUAUGAAUAAACUUGAAUGUUUAUAUUA